GUGAGUUGGAGGAAACGGCGUGUGUUUUGCAUCAGCUGGGUCGUUUGGGCUGAGCCCGUCGCAGUCGCAGUUCGCGCCCGUAAUGCAAUCAGUGCUCUGAUCACCUGGCACUCCCUCUCUCCUGUCUCCACCGACCCCUUCGGUUACUGCGAUCGGAGGCCACACCAGUGCGGGUAGCUACGUCUUUGGAGGAAAUCUCUACUUCAAAACUCCCGCUUUGAACCACUCUCCCUGUUUCUUCACAAUCCUCCGCGGGCAGCACCCCACGUCUGGCUGGAGACGGAGCGGCUCCUGAGGUCUCCCAAGCCGAAGGGACUCUGGUUUCCCCAGAAGGGACAGCUGUACACCUCUCUCCCCUGUCCAGAGUUUGCAGUGUUAAUAUAUCAGCUGUUAACGCAGGAGAGAGCUGGGUUAACUCAGGGUGCGAAUAAAGACGGCCGGUUGGACAGUCCUGCUCUGCGCUGUGGUGGGAUAUGGGAAAAGGAUUCUACAUCAGCAGAUCUGCAGGUCGGGUGGCCUUCCUGCUCGGAGCAGUGGCCGUCCUGACAAUUAUCGCCCUCUCCAUCGUCUACUCUCAGGAGAAGUCCAAAAAUGCAGCGGCCAAUGGCGGUGAAGGAGCGGGUGUUACAUCUCCACCUCCCACCUCCACCCCAACCUUGAUGCCCUCGAAUGACCCCUGGGACCAGUACAGGCUCCCGGACACACUGAGGCCUGAGUACUACAACGUGACCCUGUGGCCCAGGCUGAGCAUGGACCAGAACGGCAUGUUCAUCUUCACCGGGAGCUCCAGCGUGGUCUUCACCUGCGUGAAGGAGACGGACCUGAUCCUCAUCCACUCCAACAAGCUCAACCUCACCACCUUCGACCGUCACAUGGCCAGGUUGACCGCUGUUGGCCCUGCCGCCGUGCCGACCGUGGAGACCACCUGGCUCCAGACGGAGACGCAGUACCUGGUGGUGCAGCUCAGUGGCAUGCUGACUGUGGGACAGGCCUACCAGCUGGACACCGAGUUUCAGGGGGAGCUGGCCGAUGACCUCGGAGGCUUCUACAGGAGCGAGUAUGUCGAGGAUGGAGUUGAGAAAGUGGUAGCCACGACUCAGAUGCAGGCCACGGAUGCCAGGAAGGCCUUCCCUUGCUUUGAUGAGCCAGCGAUGAAAGCAGUCUUCAACAUCACACUGAUCCACGAGCCUGGGACCGUGGCUCUGUCUAACAGCAUGGAUGCAGAGACCGUUAACACCACCAUUGAAGGAACCAAAGUCACUGUGACUACAUUUGAGCCCACAAAGAGGAUGUCAACCUAUGUCCUGGCCUUUAUUGUCUGUGAUUUUGCCCAUGUCACUGCCCCAGAGGACAGUGGUAAUGUUUUGAUUCGAAUCUGGGCUCGGAGAAAGGCCAUUGAGCAAGGGCAAGGAGAUUAUGCGCUUGAAGUGACAGGACGAAUCCUCAAGUUUUAUGAAAGCUACUUUAAUAUCUCCUACCCCCUGUCUAAAUCAGAUCAGAUCGCUCUACCUGACUUCAAUGCUGGGGCUAUGGAGAACUGGGGGCUUGUCACCUACAGAGAGACAGCUCUGCUCUAUGACCGUGAAAUUUCCUCCAAUGGGAACAAGGAGAGAGUUCUGACCGUCAUUUCUCACGAGCUGGCUCACAUGUGGUUCGGGAACCUGGUUACUCUGAGGUGGUGGAAUGACCUGUGGUUGAACGAGGGCUUUGCCUCGUAUGUGGAAUACUUGGGCGCCAACCAUGCUGAGCCCACCUGGAACAUUAAAGACACAAUCGUCCUCAACGAUGUCCACAGGGUGUUUUCAGUCGACGCCCUGGCGUCCUCACACCCACUGUCCUCUAGAGAGGAUGAGAUCAACAUGCCAAAGGACAUCACCCAGUUGUUUGACACCAUCUCCUACAGCAAGGGGGCUUCAGUGCUGAGGAUGCUGGCUGAGUUCCUGUCAGAGCCCGUCUUCAUUAAAGGACUCAGCACCUACUUGAACCAGUUUGCAUACAGUAACACUGUAUAUACAGAUCUCUGGGAUCACCUUCAACAGGCAGUGGACAGCACUCCCAGCCUGUCUCUCCCACACAGAGUGAACGACAUCAUGAAUCGCUGGAUCCUCCAGAUGGGCUUCCCCGUCGUCACCAUCGACACUCGCACAGGGGAGCUCUCCCAGAAGCACUUCCUCCUCGACCCGGAUUCCGUAGUUGAAAAACCAUCUGAAUUCAACUAUGAAUGGUAUGUCCCCAUCACCUGGAAAAAGGCAGGUGUGGAACAGGAUCCUUUUUGGCUGCUGCAGAAAACAGAUACCCACAGUCCUCUGACAGCGACUGGGAAUGAGUGGGUUCUAGCAAACGUGAACAUGACUGGGUACUACAGAGUGAACUAUGAUAGCGACAACUGGGAACACCUUCUAAACCAGCUGAACUCUGACCACCAGUCAAUUCCAGUCAUCAACCGAGCCCAGAUUGUGGACGACGCUUUUAAUCUCGCUAGGGCAAAAAUUAUAAACAUCACUUUGGCUCUGAGAACAACCGUGUACCUCUCUCAAGAAAGAGAGUUCAUGCCAUGGGAGUCAGCCAUCGAUAACUUGAACUAUUUCUUCCUCAUGUUCGACCGCAGUGAGGUCUACGGCCCCAUGCAGACCUACUUCAAGAAGCUUGUCAUACCUCUCUUGUCAUAUUUCCAGAAGAUGACUUUGAAUUGGACUAAAGUACCCUCUAACCAUAAUGACCAGUACAACCAGAUCAAUGCCAUUUGGCUGGCCUGUAAAACUGGGGUAGAGAGCUGCCAGGCCCUCACCAAAGGCUGGUUCAAACAGUGGAUGCAGGACCCAGCCAAUAACCCGAUACAUCCCAACCUGAGGACAACGGUGUACUGCAGCGCCAUCGCAGCAGGGGGCGCUGAAGAGUGGGAAUUUGGCUGGGAGAUGUUCAAGAACGCCUCCAUUGCCUCGGAGGCAGAUAAGCUACGCUACGCCCUGGCCUGCACCAAGCAGCCCUGGCUGCUGAACAGGUAUUUGGACUACACAUUGGAUCCAACUAAAAUUCGCAAGCAGGACGCCACCUCCACCAUCGUGUACAUUGCCAGGAAUGUGGUGGGACAGACUCUGGCCUGGAACUUUCUCAGAGAGAGAUGGGAGUACAUUUUCACACAAUUUAGCACCGGUUCCUUUGGAUUUGCAAAUCUUAUUAGUGGAGUGACCAGGAGAUUUUCAAGCAAAUUUGAGCUCCAGCAGCUUCAACAGUUCAUGAAGGACAAUGAGAAUGUCGGGUUUGGAUCAGGUGGACUUGCACUGGAGCAGGCCAUCGCAAGUACCACAGUCAACUUAAAAUGGCUGGCAGAGUAUAAGGAGCCUGUGCUGGACUGGUUCAUCAGCCAAACAAAAUGAAGAGCCUUUGGAAACUCAGGAAACCAAAGUAUCGUUAUGCUGGCGCAGAUGCUAACAGUGGUGAGAUGUACCUGGAUUUAUUUUCACAUGAGUUAUAUACUAUGCACUGAAGGAUCGGCAGGCCAGUUAGCCCAGCAUUACAAUAAUAUGCAGAACCAAUCGAACCAAAGUCCCAAAGCUUUGUAGUGAGCAUUUUUUAUUUCAUGUCUUUUGUGGUCAAUGGAAAGCUUUCUAUUCAUGUUCAUACAUACUUAACCGUAUAAACCCUUCAUAAGCAUAUGAGUUAUUAAUCAUGUCGUAAGUGACAUUACCAUACACAUACCACAUGAUGGAUAUUGACCAAACACUUAUUUAAUCAACUGCAGUACAUCGACUGUAUAGGAAUGCUCUUUUAGCUCUUACAAUUGCAUUAUGAACUGCUUAUGAAGGAGGCCAAUUCAGGCUGAGAUGUUGAGACUGUUGCAUAUGCUUGUGUAGACAUCAAUCAGUUUUUAUACUCAUGUAUUACAUUUUUUCCUGUUUUUCUUAAAAACUUUAAAAUUGAUAAGAAGCAAUAAUGAUAAAAGUAGAUAUUUUCUCUGUACUGAGCAAUGUUAAUAUUUGUAAAUAUGAGCUCUAAAUUGUUGAUCUGUUUUUUUAAAGACA